AUGGAUGUACAAACACAUUUAGUGUGUCGUAAACGUCCUCGUAAAUCGUCAGUUUUUACAAUCAAUGUUCUUUGUUCGGUCAAUAUAUAUUGUGUAGAAUCUUUGGAGUGUUACGACUGUGCCAACACAGAUAGUAUUGACAACUGUACCAGUAAAUCACAAUGUAGUGACGGCCAGUCGUGUUACCUAGAUACGGGUUCAUCGGGACAGUUCAGUCUAGGCUGCAUAGAAAAUCAGAAAUGUGGCGCUCUUCCAAACAAUCCACCCGGUAUAGUUGGGAGGGAUGUAAAUAAACGUGAAUCUCAGACAUGCCAUGAGUGCUGCAGUACUGAUAAUUGUAAUAAACACCUCUGCGAACAUUUCAAACCAACGACUUGUGUUGAUAACGAAAAAGUCGACUGUGCAUUUAUGAACACUAUAGCGAAUAUCUGUCUGGAUAUUCCUCAUGCGAAAACAAUAUGCCCAAAGUUCUGCGGGCUAUGUUCACUUGUUGAUGGGGAAUGGGCAGAUUGGUCUGUUUGGUCAGGCUGUGAUGUGACAUGUGAAAACGGCACGCAGUCUCGCCGACGGACGUGCACUAAUCCGGCGCCGGCGUACGGUGGCUUAAACUGCACUGGAAACAAAAUGGAAACAAAAGUGUGCCACCGAGAAUUAUGUCCAGUUCACGGAGGAUGGACAGAAUGGAUGGACUGGGAAGCGUGUUCAACCACUUGUGAUAUUGGAAUACAGAAACGCCAUCGCACCUGUUCCAACCCUGUACCAGACAGGUUUGGAGACCAUUGUUAUGGUGACACUAUGGAUGUCCGCUUGUGUUUCCCAGGUCCUUGUACGAAUGGUGGCUGGUCAAGCUGGGGAGCAUGGAGCAGCUGCACAGUCACCUGUAGUGGUGGAACAAAGACCCGAUCACGAACGUGUACGCAUCCCCGUCCAUCACCAUUAGGAAAAAGCUGUGAAGGCGAUACAAGCCAAAUCUCCGGAUGUGGCAGUGAAGUUUGUUACAUAGACAAUGGACAUGUUUGGAACAAUGUGACGGCAUGUUACGGUUCGGACGACGACUGUUGUCGAUACCAAAUGCAGUGUACGGGCGAGACAAUCAUAGUACUUGGAAAACUUAUGUACGGUGCAAAAAACAGGACACCGGACUGUCAAUAUGGCAUAAGCAAUUGCAAGGAGACGGACAAGGUCGCAGCUUGUUGCACCUAUAAUUCUAGUGAUAUCUUCACCCCGUUCAAUACGAAUGACUUCUCAGCAGUUUUGGAGAACUGCGUAGGAAAAUCGUCGUGCGCAGGAUGGGCACGCAGCCUGAAGACUGCUCUGUUUUCAUCUUAUGCUUGGAUGCAAUAUGCCUGUGUCAGGGAUCCAGACAUUGCUUUCAAUGCUUUCUGGGUGAACGACUUUGGUCCUAUUGCAGGCCAGACUAUCGUAUUUACUCGCAUCGUAAUGAACGAUGGAGAAGCUUACAGUAAUUCUAUCGGAGAGUUCACGGCGCCCGUAGAUGGAAUAUACUCAUUUAGUGCACAGAUGUGUUUUAUCAGUCGUGAUAAUUUAUAUUUUGACAUUAAGGUAGGGAACACAACUUACGCGUCAGCCAAUGCAUCAAAUUCCGAGUCGUUUCCUUGCCGUGUGGCACAGACUGUUGCCCACGUGGUAAAACACCAGAAGGUCAUUGUGCAAUGGACUGCUGACACUAACACUAGCGAUUAUAUAGCACAAGAUAGUCAUAUAAGAAAUUACUUCACCGGUAUGCUUGUGCAUUUCUAGAUAUGGGUAUAAAAUUUAAGAAAAGAUUAUACUGAGUUUGUUUACAUCCGCUGAUAUGAGUUACCACAAAUGGUGUAACACAAACUUCCCAAAACGAUAAUACACUUUGACUUGUUAGUAUAUUGCCUACCUGCUCAUGAGUUAAACAGAAAAUGUAUUAGUUUUAAAAAUACUAUUUAUUUGAAAUGAAAACGAAGUGAUUUCAUGAUAUUUACCAAUUUACUAAGUUCGUAAGACAACCAUUGAAAUGUGGUAACGUGUACUGCAAAUUCACUCAUAAUGUAAAUCAUGCACAAAAUUGAUAUUACAUUUGAGUUGGCGCAAUUCCAUAUGAUAAGUGUAAUUCAAUAAUUCAAGACUGCACUGAAUUAGAUCGUCGCCUCCGUGGUUUUCUAACAAUUCAAAAGUUCAUUCCAGCGAAAUAUUUUUUUUAUUUUUUUACUGUUCUAUCAAAAAAGACGAAAAUUGCAUUUUACAGUCUUGGAACUAUAUCAGACAGUAAAAGAAGUAUAUUCUUUUUCCUGAAAACCCGGCCUUAAAAAUACCCUAACGAUCAGUUUUGUUGUUGCUUUCUUCUGAUGUACAACAGUUUGAUUUCUUUUGCCAGCUUUAAUAAAUGUAAGGUAAAGAUAUUUUAUAAUGGAUCGUAAAAAAGGCAUCGAAUUUAACUUCAUUCUUCCUGCACCUUUUAUUUAACUUUCGGUAUGUGCAGAAUCCAGAAACACUACGUAUAUUAGUGUUAACCAGUCGACAUAACACAUAAAUUAAAAGGCGUUAAAACGGUAAAAGCACAUAAGAAUACUUGGCAUACUUACUUUUUAUAAUGAUUCAACGUAGCAAAUGAGUUUAUUAUAAAUCAAAACUGAACCUGCGUUAGAUAUUGCUCACAAUUCACCUAUAGAACAUAUCAUCGUACCUGUUUUCGGUGAAAUGUUAGCACAAUGUAUUUAUACCCACAAUUGUA